GCUCUUCUAUUUAACAUUGAUUCCUACUCACCUAAUCUGACCUUCCCUUUUAGAGAAAGGAAAAGGACGUAUCCUCCAGCCAAGAGGGUUCCUUGACCCUACCCUUGAAAGAACCUCCUAAUGAGAACCUCCUAUUUGACCUCAACUAUCCCUCCCUCUCUCCCUCCCCCUCCCCCAGCGGCGGGCGAGCUGCAGGUGGCGCCGCCGAGGGUGGUGGAAGUGGGUGUAGGAGAGGCCGUCCAGAUCCCUUGCAUCAGCCCCAUCAGUAACGUGCCAACGGCUGUUUGCUGGACCAAGAUCCUCGAGGCAGGGGGUCGGACUGCCAGCGUGUCUUCCCAGAACUCUCUCCUGCUGAGGAAGACCACCUACUCGGACGGCGGCAGGUACCGCUGCGUGGCCUCGGACGCGACGAGGACGGUCGAGUCGGAUGACGUGGAUGUGGUCGUCACUGGUGCGCCCGUAGUCGAAGCGGUAACUCUACGGUGCUCUCUAUCGGCGGCGGCCCACCCUCACCGCCCACGUCUGCGGCCGCCCAUCGGUGUCCACCCUCACUUGGCUUCCCCCCGCCCACCUCCCGCCCGUGAGACCCGGCGAGACGAACGACAGGUUCAAAGCCCACAACCUCACGGUGGCCGAAACCCCCGACUGCCAGUACGCCGUGAUGACCAUCGUGGGCGUGAGGGCGAGCGACGCCGGCAACUGGGUCCUCGUGGGCGUGAACGACCGGGGUGCGAGCGCCGCCCUCAUCCGACUCAACAUCACCGCCGCCGCCCACUCCGUCACUGCCAACGGCGCCCGUGCUAUGUCUCACGCCCACUCUGCCGCUACCCAAGCCUUCCUAGCUGCUGUUCUUAUCCUUUUUUACGCCGCCCGCGACCGGUUGUGGGCGUGAAGUGAAAGGUGAUGUUAAGACGAAAAAGUGUAUCUCUUGUUAAUGAAGAAAAAAAUAUACUGUGAUAAAAGUGCGUGUCUGAGUGUGCAGUGUCGAGUAGGGAAGAGGGAGGGAGGAGAAGAAGGAAGAAGGAAAAGGGGAAGAAAGAUGGGAGAAAGGAAAGCGGGAAAAGAAAGAACAAGAGGGAAGGAAGAAAGCGAAAGGGAGGGAAGGAAUGAAGGAAAGGAAGAAAAGACAGAAAUUAAUAGAAAAAAGACUGGAGGAAAAGACGGAGAAAACGAAAGAAAGAAAGAAAAGAAUAGGAGAAACAAACACCUAAUAAAAGAUGUAAAAAGCGUUGAUCAAAAUCGGAAUAAAAAGACAAUUAGAUAAUAAAGAAAUCCAAAAAUAUCAUUCCUUCCGCAGUGACUGGCAAUAUAUCAAUUAAAAAAAACGAUAGAUUGGUGAUUUUUAUAAAUAUAUAUCGUCAAUAUCGGAUUGAGAUACGGCUGGUUGUGACGGCACAGGGAAUGCACGCUUUCGUGGGCGCAGAUGGGCGUGAGUGGGCGUGCGAUGGCAUAAGGCCGUGAAUCCAUACGUUCUCUACUAGUUAUUAUCCCUUACUGCUUUAUAAUGACGUAUCGACGUGGCUGUAAUAACCAUUCAUAGGAAUUUAUCAAACUAAUGUUCUUGUAAUAAAUUGUAAUAAAUGUCAGUGUCUCUU